UUACGGUGCUGUGCUAUACCCUACCACACCAUACGGGGCCGUGCCGAGGGGAUGGAGGAACGUUACAGUAAGGCGGAGACCCUCGCCCUGCGGAGGAAGCACAUCGGGCCUUCCUGCAAAAUUUUCUAUGCCAAGGAUCCUCUGAAGAUAGUGCGUGCUCAGGGCCAGUAUAUGUUUGAUGAGAAAGGAGAGAAAUACUUAGACUGCAUCAACAACGUUGCACAUGUUGGCCACAGUCAUCCCUACGUGACAAAGGCAGCCACAAAACAGAUGGAGCUGCUCAACACAAAUGCACGGUUCCUACACGACAACCUGGUACAGUACGCCCAGCGCCUCACAGCCACCCUGCCCGAGAAACUCUCUGUUUGCUACUUUGUUAACUCUGGGUCUGAAGCCAAUGAUCUUGCUUUACGACUGGCUCGGCAGUACCGUGGGCACCAAGAUGUGAUCACCCUUGAAAAUGCUUACCAUGGCCAUGUUACAUCUCUGAUUGACAUCAGCCCCUAUAAAUUUAACCAGCUGGGAAAGGACAGCAAGAAGGAGUUUGUGCAUGUGGCUCCUUCUCCAGAUAUCUACAGAGGGAAAUAUAGGGAAGACCAUCCAGAUCCAGCAAGUGCUUAUGCUGAAGAGGUGAAAAAGAUUAUUGAAGAAGCACAGAAGAAUGGACGCAAGAUUGCUGCCUUCAUAGCUGAAUCCAUGCAGAGCUGUGGAGGCCAAGUGAUUCCACCUGUGGGCUAUUUCCAGAAAGUGGCAGAGUAUGUGCGUGCUGCAGGUGGAGUGUUCAUAGCUGAUGAGGUCCAGGUUGGCUUUGGCAGAGUUGGGAAGCAUUUUUGGGCAUUCCAGCUGCAAGGUGAAGACUUUGUGCCUGACAUUGUCACCAUGGGAAAGCCCAUUGGCAAUGGCCACCCUAUGUCUUGUGUGGUCACGACAAGGGAAAUUGCUGAAAGGUUUGGUGCCUCUGGACUGGAGUAUUUCAAUACAUUUGGAGGCAACCCAGUGUCUUGUGCUAUUGGUCUGGCUGUGAUGGACAUAAUAGAAAAAGAAGAUCUCCAGGGAAAUGCUACACAUGUAGGAAAUUAUCUCUUGGAGUUGUUGGCUGAGCUAAAGGAGAAGCAUCCCUUAGUGGGAGAUGUCAGGGGUGUUGGGUUGUUUGUUGGAGUGGAUUUGGUGAAAGAUCGACAAAAGCGAACACCAGCCACAGCUGAAGCCCUUCACCUUAUUUACAAGCUGAAAGAGCAUCAGAUCCUUCUUAGUGCAGAUGGACCCCACAGAAAUAUACUGAAAUUUAAACCACCAAUGUGUUUCACCAUGGAAGAUGCAAAACAUGCAGUGGAGACAAUUGAUACACUUCUCACAGAAAUGGAAGAGGCAACUGGAAUCAUGACAGAAAAUAAUGCACCUACAAACACACAGUGUAAAAGAAAAACAACUGAAGAGAGCUCUCAGGCAGAAGGUGCCCAUGAAAGCAUCAGCCACAUGAAUGGAGCUGCCUGCAGACAGGAGAAUGGGCUUUAUUCCAAAAAACGCACAGUGCCAAGUAAAAGAAUAAGAACAUGAAGCGAGGAAGUGCCCUCAUUCAGUCUAAAUUUGUGUCCGGCUUGCUUUUGAGAUGAAGAGUGCAAUAGUCCAAGUCCUGGGAUCUGUUUGGAGCCUAGUCCUACUUUCCAUAAGCUGCCUGAAUUCUUGUUAGCUUCAGUAGGAGUUUAAAAUACCUUUUCAGAUAGCUGAGAACUGCACCAUGUGGCUUGGAAUCUCGCUGCGACGGGACAUAGAAGUGAUACUCGGAUACCUUGGUGCUGAUGGCAGGCUUGACGUAGGUGCACAAACUCGGUGGAAUCUGUGGAUUUACCUGUACUACACAGAACCUGAAUUAUUUAACCAUCAUACAAGCAAAUGCCAGUCCUAUUCAAUUGAAAAUUAUAUGCUUAACAUACUAUUUUUGCAAUAUCUUGAAUUUCAAUAUGUAAUAUUGAGAUGUUAAUUGCUUCCCAUGUUUUAAUGGCUGAAUUUAUAAAGCAAUGCUUGAGAGUGAAAUCAUUAUUAUCUUCCAGUGUAGCUUAGGUCCUGUGGACCAUACUCCCAGCUGAUGUAAAUUGGUUUAGCUUUUCUAACAUCAACAGUGCUCUACCGAGAGUCUACCACUGUGUGUGUAGAGGCACAAUGAUUAUGCAGGGCAUUCUCAUUUUAUGUUCAAAGAAAAUGAAGAAUCUGGAUCCUAAUUUUCUAGGGAUAAAGCAACUUUUGAAGAUAACUCUUUAUAUAGACUAAGCUUUUAUGGUUUUUUUCUUCCCAAAAGCUUAUAUAUUGAAUCCUCUCCAAAACAUAAGCAAAUAGAGUAUAUAUCAUUUCAGACACGCUAAUCAAUUUAAUUUAACCUGAGAGUCUCUCAAAAUGAGACUCCCAGGGACAGCCCAGCUUGCAUCCUCAUGGA